GGCCCGUUCAGUAUUGAGCAUGCCACAGUUGAACAGCGUCAUUCAGAGCGUGUGGACCUUAAUUUCAAUUUGGCGGAAGCAACAUUUCAAAAACUUUUAAAUCAAUUUCCCCCAAUUUCACUUCACACAGCACCCUUGUGUCGUUCUCUUAAACUCUCUCUAUCUGUCUAUCUCUAUCUCAGACACUCGUUCAAUCGAAAUUCAUUCGUUUUGUGUACUUUGUAAGCGUUUUGUGUGUACAUACACAGAAUUUCGCGUGCGUUCGUUCGUUCGUUCGUUCAUUUGUUUGUUCAUUUAAUACGUUCGGUCCUCUUUUUACAAAGGUGUUGUUGUAACUGAGAAAUCAAGAAUUUCUAGUUUGGAUUCAAUUUACAAUAAAUUGAAUUUUGAGUUUGUGUGAAUUUGCAUAAAAUUAUUUAACAUAUUUUUUGGCUAAACUCCUUGGCGAGUUGCAAUAAAUCAGUAAAAGUGGAAACUCCAAGGGCAGAAACUCCAAUCAAAACGGAAUCCGUAACAGAGGACGAGGUACCGGUAACAACGCCAACCACACCACCAUCACCGUCGGCAACCGCAACAACACCGUGUUCAGGAGGAGGUGCACCAAAACCGACACCGACACCGACCCCGACGACAGCGACAGCGACAGCGACCGCGACCGCGACCGCGACCGCGACCGGGACAGCGACCGUAACUGUAAAACCAACGAGCGGACCUUCUUCGAAACGCUUCAAAAUGGCCGAAAACUGCAGUAAGUGCAAAAAAGUGAUUACCUCUAAGGAGACGGGCAUAAAUUGCAGUUGUCAAAAAAAAUUCCAUCGCAGUUGUGUGAAUAUUGAUGAUACCUUAUUUGAAGCCAUCCAAAAGAAUCCGAUGAUUGUGUUCAGUUGCGACGAUUGUCGCCAGCAAUCGCCUAAAGCUAUGGCAGCUAAAUUGCAAGCAUUAGACGAAAAAUUAAAUAAAGUCAGCAAUGGGGUCAAUCAAAUACAGGGACGCAUGUACCAGCAGUAUUUUCAAUUUGGCAACGCUAACAAUCAGGGCGAUGCCAAGAAGCAAACCAACAAUCUAAUUGUGGUCGGUAAUAAUUGCAAUUCGGAUCGUUUGCAGGUCGUCUGCGAUUAUGGGCGUUGGGUGCAGGUUGGCAAAUUUGCCACUUCCACCUCCGAGGAGGAUAUAAUUGAGCAUUUGGCUCAAGAACUGAAAAUCAAUAAAAAUCUAGUCAAAUGCACUAAACUGGUUAAAAACGAUGCCAAUUUGGCUGCAUUGUCAUAUUGUAAAUUUAAGAUUUCCAUACCGGACUAUCGCUUCAAUGAGCUGUUCAACGAGGCUAUUUGGCCCAGCGGUGUAAUGGUGUCGCCCUUCACUCCACGUUCUCAGCUAAAUCAGAAUCGCAUUUAAGUGAGGUUGGACCGUGGGGGCGGCCGGGAGAGUGGUGGAGGAGCAUUAGAGACCGUUACGAGACGUCGUAGAAAGAAACGAAAAGAGCGAAAGUUAUCAAAAAUCGAACAGAGCGAAGCAAUUGUUAAAACCAGUGAGAAAAGCACCAGUACGGAGCAUGAAAAUGAGCAUGAGCAUGAGCAAGAGCAAGAGCAAGAGCAAGACCAAGACCAAGAACCGGAGGAAGAAGAAGAAGAAGAGCAAGCUCACACGGACGAAGAAUUAGAAAAUGAAUAAACUGCAUAUGAAGCAUAUGAACGAUUUGGUAGGUCGGAGGAUAUUUUAAAGUUUGAUUGUAUUGAUGGGGUGGAUAGAAGUGAAUACAAAUACAUUGAUACAUUGGCUGGGCCCACAACAAUAAUAACAGCAACAACAACAACAACAACAAUUUUUCGAAAACUUUUAAGCAGUUCACAGAUAUGACGUUUUUUACAUGCAAUUGUUCUUUUUUUUUCCUCGUUUCCUUUUUUUUUCUCUCUCUAUCUCUGUCUCUGUCUUUCUCUCUC